GUCGCUUAGAAAACCCCUUAGAGGCUUAGACCCCUCUCUUCUAAAACCAGGGUCCCCUCAACCAAAAUCUUCUUCUUCUUCUGUUGUUCAUAUGCUGUAUUUUAUGAUAACAACAUACAUACAUAGAAGCUUGUUCUUCUGAUCUGAUUUGAUGAGAUCAAGUGUUGGUUCUUUGUUCAUCUAAUAUUAUUAUUCUUUCCCUGAAAUAUAUUCUAAACUAAUUCACAGGCUCUUGAUCCGUUUAUUUUGAAGAAGAUCAUCGGCUGUUUUACUAGCUUAAUUUUUUGUUUAAUCCCUCCGUUAAAUCUGAAUGGACGGUGCAACGGCUCAAAAACAAUCGUUUGCUCCCAACAGGAAUAUCAGAAUGAAAACCCCGAAGAAAAAUGGACGAGGUAAUUUCAUUUCUAAUAAGCCUUCUGAGAACUUUAACACGUAUGCAGGUCUCUUGAAUCCUCCUCCUCCUCCUCCUUCACGCGCCAUGUCCUUCUCCUACUCUCAUCCGCUCUCAGCUUCUUCACUCAUCUACAUGCAACAACAACCACCUCUGCUUCCUCUGCCCCAUGUUGUUAAUAAAAAGAAAAACAGGAGCAGAGAGGAAGCGAAGAAAAGACCGGGAACACAAUCUAUUCUUUCUGAUAACCGCUGGGGACCUGAUCCCAAAGACCUUCCCAAAGUGGUGCUAGGGAUGGGAAACAUCGACGACGUCGUCGUUUCGGGUGCGGUUUUCAAUCUGGCUCCGCCACCCAGUAGUUUGCCACUUCCCAACUUUUCUCUCAGAUCCAAACACGGUUGCAAAGCGGAAACUGCGGCUGGUUGCGUUGACGACGGAGCAACCAACAAUCUCCGGCGACUUCUGCGCCUCCGCUGAUCUUCUUAAACCACUCUCUCCCCCUCUCUCCUCGUUGCAGUAUGAUGCUAAGUUUGUUGGGUCACGUUACUUGUUACUUGAUGCUUACUACUAGUAAGGAUCCGCGAGGGUAAUCUGCUGAUUCGUGUUUUUUUUUUUCUCCUUUUCUUUUCUUUAUCAAAAAGGGAACUUGUGUGUACCGCCUAUGGUUUUUUUGAAUUGGGGUGCACAGAAACAAUGUGUAGUAGUUUCUUCUUUGGAUGUGAACUUUGUAUGUACCAUCAGUUCCGUAAUCUGUCUAUUUAAUUUCGGGCUAUCUUUUACAAAUCUAUUUUCUCAUUUUUAGUUA